ACAAAGAGCUUGAUAUUGUCCGUAUUUCUCAGUUAAGCGCCAAUCAUGCCAAAUUACAAGCUCCACUACUUCGACAUACGAGGCCGUGCGGAGCCAUGUCGUCUUAUCCUGGCCGCUGCGGAAGUUGACUACGAGGACAUACGUAUACCUAUAAAGAAUUGGCCGGAAGAGAAGGCUAGCGGCAAAUAUCCAUUGGGUCAGCUACCAUGUAUGGAAGUCAAUGGUGUGAUGCUGGCCCAGUCCAGAGCUAUUGCACGUUUCCUUGCCAACGAGCAUGGAUUGGCAGGUAAAACGUCAUUGGACAAAGCACGAGCUGAUAUAGUGGUAGACACCUUGGGAGAUCUUAGUCCGCAUAUGGUUAAAAUGGUCAAAGAGAAAGAUGCUACGAAAAAGGCGGAAUUAGAAAAAGAAUAUGCCAGCACUACAUUACAAGCAUGUUACAAGAACCUUGAGAAGCUCCUCAUUUCAAAUAAUGGAGGUGAUGGAUUUUUCGUUGGAGAUGAGUUAACAUGGGCUGACUUGGUAUUCAUGAAUACUACAGAGAUUCCAAUAACCGGACAUGCAUCAUUAGACGAAUUCCCAAAACUAAAAGCGUUAUACGAGCGUGUGAAAGCUCAGCCGAAAAUUGCCGAUUGGAUUGCGAAGAGACCGGAGACUUAUAACUAGUUGCUCUGUCAUGAAUUUGUUUUUGCGUAUCUGUUAACCGACUUAAUUAGUUGAUUAUUAGCU